AUGUUGCUCUGCUUUCUCCUUUCUCUGUUGCCAACCUAUACCCAAGGUGCUUGGGGGCUAGAAAAUUGUGACACUGAUGUAUGGAAAAGAACUAUCUUGGAAGGUAUCGAAUCUGUAUGUCAAAGAAAAAUGAAACUGUACUACGAUUCGAACCGGCUUAAAUUCCUCAGACAAAAUGCGUAUGGGCAGAACGAUCGCAAGCAAAAUAUAUACUGUACAAAAUUUGAUCCCAAGAAAUUGAAAGAUGGUGCUGUAAGUCUUGUCUAUGCAGUCCUGUUGGAGGUUGGAUACGAGCUUGGGCUAAUAAGCGCCUGUGAGGCUAUGGAGAGGAAACCACAUUACGGAUGUGUAGACUACUGGGGUGGUUGGUUGAGAAACAAGCCAUACCUCUGCUGCGGAUUCUAUGCUAAUCCCAAAUCCAAUUAG